ACGGAGCGGAGCGUCCGAUUCGCCUCUCCUCACCCGCUGCGGGCGCUAUGGAGCCGGGCGCUUGAGGGCGAAGCCGAUACCGCCACCCCAGACAUGUUAGCCGCUCCCCUCGGUGCAGGUAUAGAUUUAUCUGCACUAUAAAGGCACUAUGUACUCAGAGUGGAGGUCCCUACAUCUUGUAAUUCAGAAUGAUAAGGGUCACACCAGUGUACUUCACAGCUAUCCUGAGAAUGUGGGGAGAGAGGUGGCAAAUGCUGUUGUGCGUCCCCUUGGCCAAGCGUUGAAUGCUUCAUUAGCAGCUGAGAGUAUACUGAAAACAGACAAAGAAGUAAAAUGGACCAUGGAAGUGGUUUGUUAUGGACUUACACUGCCUUUAGAUGGUGACACAGUAAAGUAUUGUGUUGAUGUUUAUACAGACUGGAUUAUGGCUCUGGUCUUACCAAAGGAUUCCAUUCCUCUGCCUGUUGUUAAAGAGCCAAAUCUUUAUGUUCAGAACAUUCUCAAACAUCUGCAAAAUCUCUUUGUACCAAGGCAGGAUCAAGGCUCCAGUCAGAUUAAACUGUGUUUGCAAGUUUUGAAAGCCGUCCAGAAAUUGGCUCAUGAGUCGACCUCCAUGACUCGAGAAACAUGGGAGGUUUUAUUAUUGUUUCUACUACAGAUUAAUGAUACUCUGCUGGCAGCUCCAACGGUACAAGGUGGAAUUGCUGAGAAUCUGGCUGAGAAGCUGAUUGGUGUGCUGUUUGAAGUCUGGUUGCUAGCCUGUACCCGGUGCUUUCCCACACCACCUUACUGGAAAACUGCCAAAGAGAUGGUGGCAAACUGGCGGCAUCAUUCUGCAGUGGUGGAGCAAUGGAGCAAAGUAAUCUGUGCCCUUACAGCUAGAUUGCUGCGUUUUACAUAUGGACCUUCAUUUCCACCUUUUAAAAUUCCUGAUGAAGAUGCCUGCCUGAUUCCUCCAGAAAUGGACAAUGAGUGUGUUGCCCAGACUUGGUUUCGCUUUUUACAUAUGCUGAGUAAUCCUGUGGAUUUGAGUAAUCCAGCGAUUAUAAGCUCUACCCCCAAGUUUCAGGAACAGUUUCUGAAUGUGAGUGGAAUGGCUCAGGAAUUGAAUCAGUAUCCCUGCCUUAAACAUCUGCCUCAAAUAUUCUUUCGUGCUAUGCGUGGGAUCAGUUGCUUAGUGGAUGCAUUUCUAGGCGUUGCAGUCUUUACAACCAGUGGGUGUGAAAGAUUACCCAGAUAUGGUAUUUCACGACCAAGAUCAGAUAGUGCUCCGCCCACACCAGUAAAUAGACUGAGCAUGCCCCAGGCUACUGCUGUCAACACAACUCCACCUCACAAUCGAAGGCAUCGAGCUGUAACUGUGAAUAAGACAAUGAAAAAUAGCACAGCUAGCACGGCUCAUUCUUCCAAAGUACAACCCCAGCCAUCCUCCAGUUCUCCACUGUCUAGCCCCAACCAGACUGGUUCUGAGCCUCGACCACUCCCUGCUCCCCACAGGCCAAAGGUUAACAGUAUCUUGAACCUCUUUGGAUCGUGGUUAUUCGAUGCAGCAUUUGUUCACUGUAAACUUCAUAACGGAAUAAACAGAGACAGCAGUAUGACUGCUAUAGCAACGCAAGCUAGUGUGGAGUUUCGGCGGAAAGGAUCACAAAUUUCUGCAGACACAAUGGCUUCCAAUCCCAUGUUUGAUGCAGGUGAAUUUUCGGACAACUAUGAAGCAGGCAGAGCAGAGGCAUGUGGAACGCUUUGUAGGAUAUUUUGUAGCAAGAAGACUGGGGAGGAUAUACUGCCCGCCUACUUAUCUCGAUUUUACAUGCUUUUAAUUCAGGGUUUGCAGAUUGCGGAUUCUGUUUGCCAUCCAGUUCUGGCUAGUAUUAUUCUAAACUCCCCUGCAUUGUUCUGCUGUGACCUGAAAGGAAUUGACGUCUUAGUUCCUUACUUCAUUUCAGCCCUUGAAACUAUUUUACCUGACAGGGAACUUUCCAAGUUUAAAUCAUAUGUGAAUCCCACAGAGCUAAGAAGAGCCUCUAUCAACAUCUUGCUCUCCUUGUUGCCUCUUCCUCAUCAUUUUGGAACAAUAAAGUCAGAGGUCGUUCUGGAAGGAAAAUUCAGCAAUGAUGACAGUUCAUCCUAUGAUAAACCAGUAACCUUCCUUUCCUUGAAACUGAGGCUUGUGAAUAUACUUAUAGGAGCACUCCAGACGGAAACAGACCCCAAUAACACACAGCUGAUACUAGGUGCAAUGUUAAAUAUUGUGCAAGAUUCAGCACUUCUAGAAGCUAUUGGCUGCCAGAUGGAGACGAAUGGUGGUGAAAAUAAUACCUUGAAAAGCCACAGUCGCACGAACAGUGGCAUUAGCACGGCAAGUGGAGGAAGCACAGAGCCUACUACUCCUGACAGUGAGAGACCUGCACAGGCUCUCCUAAGGGAUUAUGCUCUUCAUACAGAUACAGCAGCCGGACUCCUGAUUCGCAGCAUUCAUUUGGUAACACAAAGGCUCAACGCACAGUGGAGGCAAGAUAUGAGCAUCUCGCUAGCUGCGUUAGAACUUCUUUCUGGUUUGGCGAAGGUGAAGGUUGCUGUUGAUUCUUCUGACAGGAAGAGAGCAAUUAGCUCCGUGUGCUGUUACAUUGUGUAUCAGUGCAGUCGUCCUGCCCCUCUGCAUUCCAGAGAUCUUCACUCCAUGAUAGUAGCGGCAUUCCAGUGCCUCUGUGUCUGGCUCACUGAACAUCCAGACAUGCUUGAUGAAAAGGACUGCUUAAAAGAAGUGUUAGAGAUUGUGGAAUUAGGCAUCUCAGGAAGUAAAUCCAGAAAUAGCGAACAAGAGGUCAAAUACAAAGGAGAUAAAGAGCCGAAUCCCGCUUCCAUGAGAGUGAAGGAUGCAGCUGAAGCUACUCUCACAUGCAUCAUGCAAAUACUUGGAGCUUUUCCAUCUCCCAGUGGCCCUGCCUCCCCUUGCAGCUUGGUGAAUGAGAUUACCUUAAUUAAAUAUUCCCGUCUGCCUUCCAUAAAUAAAUAUAGCUUUCGAUAUUUUGUCCUGGACAACAGUGUCAUCCUUGCAAUGUUGGAGCAGCCUCUCGGGAAUGAGCAAAAUGACUUUUUCCCUUCAGUCACAAUUCUGAUCCGUGGGAUGUCUGGGAGACAUGCAUGGGCCCAGCAGCUUUGUCUUUUGCCAAGAGGAGCCAAAGCAAAUCAAAAGAUGUUUGCCCCAGAACCUCGUCCUGCACCCAGGAAUGAUGUUGGACUCAAAUAUAGUGUGAAACAUCGGCCGUUUCCUGAGGAAGUGGACAAGAUACCUUUUGUAAAAGCUGACUUGAGCAUUCCAGACUUACAUGAAAUUGUUACUGAGGAACUCGAAGAGAGGCAUGAGAAGCUGAGGAAUGGGAUGGAUCAGCAGGUCCUCUACGAGAAGUCUAUAGAUCAACAGAUGGAAGAAGAAUGGCAGAAGAAGAGUUUCCCUGAUCCUGUCACAGAAUGCAAGCCACCAGCUCCCGCUCAGGAGUUCCAAACUGCACGCCUCUUCCUUUCUCAUUUUGGAUUUCUGUCACUGGAAGCAUUGAAGGAACCGGUGAACAGUAGACUACCUCCUCACUUGAUUGCACUUGAUUCUUCCUUACCUGGUUUUUUUGAUGACAUUGGCUACCUGGAUCUACUGCCGUGUCGCCCUUUUGAUACCGUUUUCAUCUUCUAUAUGAAGGCAGGCCAAAAAACAAGCCAAGAAAUCUUGAAGAAUGCAGAGUCUUCCAGGAGUGUUCAGCCACACUUCUUAGAAUUCUUGCUCUCUCUUGGUUGGUCAGUUGAUGUAGGAAAACACCCUGGAUGGACGGGGCAUGUUUCAACUAGCUGGUCCAUUAACAGUUUCUGUGAUGAUGAAGGAAUUGAACAAGAUGAAAUAAUCUCUUCAGAAGAUGUUGGGGCAAGUAUCUUCAGUGGGCAAAAAAAGGUGCUAUAUUAUGCAGAUGCACUUACAGAAAUAGCUUUUGUUGUCCCCUCACCAUUGGAGUCUUUGACUGAUUCAUUGGAAAGCAAUGUCUCUGACCAGGAAAGUGACUCUAAUAUGGAUCUCCUACCAGGAGUAAUAAAGCAGCCAGCACUGACCCUCGAGCUCUUUCCCAAUCAUACAGACAAUCUCAGUUCUUCGCAAAGGCUCAGUCCUACUUCCAGAUCAAAGAAACUGCCUCACGGUCGGGCUGUUCCCCCAAUGGGGCCUGAAACCAAGGUGUAUGUGGUCUGGGUUGAACGUUAUGAUGAUAUAGAGAACUUUCCUCUUUCUGACUUGGUUUCAGAGACCAGUACUGGAGUAGAAACAACCGCAAACAGCAGCACUUCACUGAGAUCCACUACUCCUGAAAAAGAAGUUCCAGUGAUCUUCAUCCAUCCUCUAAACACUGGCUUAUUCAGGGUAAAAGUUCAAGGAACUACUGGGAAAUUCAACAUGGUCAUCCCGCUGGUGGAUGGGAUGAUAGUGAGCAGACGAGCUCUAGGCUUCUUAGUGAGACAGACAGUAAUAAACAUUUGUCGAAGAAAAAGGCUGGAAAGUGACUCAUACAAUCCUCCUCAUGUCCGCAGAAAACAGAAAAUAGCUGACAUUGUCAAUAAAUACAGGAACAAACAGCUGGAGCCAGAGUUUUAUACCUCCCUUUUCCAAGAGGUUGGACUAAAAAACUGCAAUCCUUAGACCAAUAUCCUCCUUGAACAAUUAGAUCAGAGCUUGGUGUCUACUGUAACAGGAAAAACUUCUUCCCCUUCAUGGAACUCCUGUAUAAAGAAACCACAACUUGAGCAUGACCUCUGCUUUUGCUGCAAGGAAGAAACGGGGGCUCAAUCUCGGCUUUCGCCCUUCAGGUCGAUCAGUACAGCCCCACACCACCAACUGCUGCAGAGGGAUAAGCUGUGUAACAUCUUCCACCAUCAAGCAUUGUGUAAUAUUAGACAAUAUUAGUCAAUGUGUAGCAGAGAGAGGGUAAGCUGCAUUUCUCAUUGUAUCCUGCAUUUGCACCAAGUGCCCAGGUCUGAGGAUAGAGCUAAUAUCUGAAGUUUCAAACUUAGCUUCUCGAGCAGGUUCAGUUCAAGGGCAAAUUCUUUCAGAGACCACCAUUGCAAGGUAGCGUCUGUGCAGUUGAUGAAAUUCUGUUGUCCACUUCAUGACCUGGUGCCAGACUUUUUUUUUCACCUUCAAGUCAGAGAGCUCCAGUUGACUCUUCUCAAAAUCCAGGGUGUGUGCAUCAUGGAUCUGUUGCUCAAAGAAUAUUCACCAGUGUAGAUAACUGCCACCUCCUACCUGCUGCUGUGGCCAGUUAAGGUGAACAUCCUGCACGGGAGGGGAAGGGAACAAAGGAGAUGAUCGCUGCCUUGGGUCAAGGAUAGAAACUUUGGUCAAUAACCAGAUUUGAAGUGUAGAUGUGCUGCUGCCUAUGUAGUGGGUUACUGUGGUUGAGUUAUGACCAGCACUUAGUUACAUGCGUGUCUUCUAGAUGCUAGUUACUUCUCAUCUAUUGAGAGAGAAGUAAAACUCUCAGUAUAGAAAAGGAUGCAGUUGGAACAUGACCAUCUCUGUACUCCAGGAUGGAAAACUAGCGCUGCCACAAGGAACAGUCUAUUAGUACAGAAGAGUUUCAUUGGUCCCAUUUUACUUCUUUGGUUGCUACGUUUUAUGUUAGGCAUUAUUAGAAGAGGAGACAGACAUACAACUGCUGUUUGGGGGAGAAGCCCUGUGUCCUCUGUCACACCAAAGUUCUAGCUUUUUAAGAGAGAGAGAGAGAAGUAGUCUGUGGCUUUAAAAGAAGAAAGCUGGUUUUCUUGUUGAGAUUUAGAUCUAAGGCAGAACACCUCUAUUUUAAUAGAACUCUUUUGAUCCCAGUGAAAGGUUUAAAAAUUAGCCCACACCUUUUACAGUCUUCCAAAAGACAAUCCAGAAAAUCAAUACUUGAGGAAAGGGCUUUCUCAGAGUGGUAUUUUCAGAAUUGACAGUGAGAGGUACCUAAUCCUGAACACGGUUUAUCAUGCAUCUGCAGAAAUACGUCCUGUUGACUUCAGUGGACUUUGCUUCCAAGUAACUUUGUAAUAAGAUAUUUAAGCCAUCAGAAACAAAGUUCCUAGCUUGGCAUGUUGCUUUUGAAACUUCUUUCUGUUGUGACUUUUUUAAACCGCUUACUGCAGCGUAGGGCAUGUCGGCCAAAACCCUUUGUGGUGCUGUUGCUUAAUUGCAGGAAGUUGCUGCAGAUGUCCACAGUUAAAAUGUUAAUUAUACCUAUUCAGAAAGACGCACCAUCAAAUUCAGUGGGAUGUUUCAUAGAAAAUGUGUUUAGGAUUUAGGUGCCAAUAUAAACUUGUAAGUCUUUUGCUGCUUAUUGGAACAUUACUGAGAAAUUCCACAGGGUGGGUAGCUCUCAUUGUUAGGUAUCACUUGCUGCUAUACCCUUGUUUUCAGAAUGAAUAUGUGGGCAACUGGCUUAUAAUUGAUCAUACAGUAUCUUUGCUUUUAUUUGUUCAUCUCUGCUAAUGAGCGCCUGCUUUUCCUGGAUGGGCAAAUGGCCAGUAACAGAAUAGAAUUCUCUUGCCAUAUUAGCAGACAAAAAUUGCUGGACCCUUUACCUUGACUGAAAUGAAGGAGUUGAUAUAUCCCUCUUCUAUGCCCAAAUAUUCCUGUAGCACAGAAUGAGAACAUUAACUUUGUUGCUCUUGAUAACCAUAUUUAACAGUUAACUUCAGCUUGUCUGUGCCUUUUCCUGUGUAUGUUCAGUCCUUCCAGUGGGUUAAGCAGGGAGCUUUGAAAACAUUGAAUUUGUUAAAAAAAAUGUUAAAAACAGGUGCAGAGUAUGGUUUUGCUUCUUCAGACCUCCCACUUUUCUAUAUAUUAAUAUGCAAGACCUUAUUAGAGAGAAGAAAGGCAAGCUAUAUACUAUUAGUAGAAAGGACAACGGUAAGUUACCUGCUUUAUCAUUAAGACCAUGAGGGGAAAAAACUAAAACUGGCUUUCAGUUGUUCAUAAUGCUUUGGUAUAUAAUUGAAUUGACCCAAAGCAAUCAGCAUGGCCAGUUGUAGAAUAACUUGCAAAGCAAAGAUGAAGUGGGAAGUCAUUUGGUAGCUUUACAUGAAUUUCCAGGUUUUUUUAAAGCUGCUCCUUGCAGAAGUAUUGUCAUCACGUCUCAUAGAGUAAGGAAAGUCGGUCUUUGUACAGCAUUCUUUGAACAGGGGAUACCUUUGUUCAUACAAGCUGCCAUUUGGCUUUUUGAGGAGAAAAGUGACCCUUGAAAAACAUCCCAAAGGGCCUCUGGCUUCUGUACAAAAGAAUGAGCAACGGAUCAUGCGGCUUACACUUGAGUAGCAUCACAUUGACUUAUUGGUGCAGCUAGCACUAUUUUUGAAUAUAAGGACACAGAAUAAAAUCACUCCAAAAUCUGGCAGAUUUGGUAGUGUUACUAAUUAAUCCACACGAUUGAAUCAUGAAAUAAUGCUGAUGCUGAAGACCGAGGGUGUACUGACACGUCAAUAGCACCUUCCACUUGAUACUGAAUAUUUGCCAGGAAUAAGAUACUGUAUGAGCACUAAAUGGACUUUUACAUAGUGUUCAGAUCUGUAUGAUGACCUGUCAUAUUUAGUCUUUGGAUUAAAUGCCAUUAGUGUACUGCUAAAACUAUGCUAGAUACAUGGUUGAGCAAUUGAUUGUCUGCGUAUAAAAAUAGUUAAUUGCCAGCAUUAGCUAUAAUUGAACAAUUAAUGUAGUCUGGAUAAUGGCAUUAAUUCAUGUGAUUAAUGACUGACCAAACCAGCUUUCUGAGUUGCUCAGAUGAGAAAAAUGUGUCUUAAAACUUACAGUGAUUUCUGAACUAAGAGAAAUUUGGCCAGGUUUGGUGAAGCCCCCCACCUGAAAUAAAUUGCCUUUAAUUAUAUGCUCUCAAAUUUAAGGAUGGGCUUUUGUGUAAGUGAAGUUUCUGGGCAUUACAAACUGCCAUAAAGCUACAAGAAUCACCCGUGUUGUAAAGGCUUUUUUCUUCAGGAGUUCCUUUCUAUUGUGCAUGUCUGUAUUUAUCCCCAGGAUUUGACAGGACUUUAUAAUUUGCUUGAAGCAGCCUUAAUUUAGCCUAUUUCAAAAAGCUCCUGAACAGGCAUGCUAUCCUGGAUCCACUUGCAUGUUUGUAAGUCCUCUUGACUUCCAAUACGUACUUACCAGCACACAAGUGGACUCGGCAUUGAGGCAUAAAUUUGCAUGCGUGACUUUGGUUCUGCUAAUAAUAAUAAUGUUGAGAAAGGUGGAGAUCCAGCAGCGGCUUCUCCACACAGCACUGAACAAUGAAUAGAAAUGUGUAAGGGCUCACUUUCACUGUGUUCUCCCAGAUGUUGCGUGUGAUGUGGUCCUUCUGUACAGAUGCUGGUUGUCUGUGUGUACAUGUGUAAAAGAGAAGGCUUCCAAAUGCACUGAUACCUUCCCGUCAAAUGUGUGAAGUUGUAGGCUGCCUGCAAUAAAAUGUUCCAGUUGAUAUCUCUCUAAAAAAAAAAACACACUGUUGCAUUUGAAAAACAGGCUCUUAACUAGGUCAAAUGAGAUGUCAGAAUAUUAUUCUUCAAGGAGCUACUAGGAUAACCUUUUAAAUUGCUAGUAUUUGUGUUGAAUAACAUUCCACGAUUUAAAAAAAGUAAUAGAGAAGAUGAACGGCCCUGGUUCUUUUUGUUAGUUCUGCUCGUUUCCUAUUGCCAUUUCAUUUGGUUAUUUUAAUUUCCAUGUAGUAUUUAUUUUCAGUCUCUUGAAGAGAUACGAUAUUAGGGCUACAAAUAUUUACCUAGUCUGUUUCUGUCAUAAAGGCAUUAUGCUCACAGCCCUCUUAAGAGAGUAUUAUGCUAAUAAAAAUUGAGGCUGUAAUAUGUUGUCAUCUUCAUAGCACUUUGUUAUGGAAGCUGUCAGAUUUAAUACCUUGGUGAAAAGUUUCCAUUUAAGAUAAAAAGCACCUUUCUUAAACAGGGCCCUUCAAAGAAAUUUUAAAUGUAAAGCAAAAAUCAAAUAGGAGGAGAGAUGAGGGGAAUCAUGUUCCGGGGUGGGGGGAGGGGUGAUAGCUAUUUUGUAUGCAGAACCACUGUAAAGCAACUAUAGGAAACAAAGCUUGCUUCCAGUCCUCUACACAAGCCCCAUUGACUUCAAUGGGCUGUGGAACUGACAGGAGUGCCUUGAGGAUUGGGCGGCCCAUUUAUCUGUAGUCACUUCUCAGCAGGAAGGUAUACAAUUGUCAUGCGAUGUAGAAUAUAUAGCUCUAGGAGGAUUAUAGGACUGUAUUUCAGCAUGAACAGUGAACAAAAAUACAACUGUAACUCAGUGAUGGUUUUGCAAUGGCAAGAAAUCAUAACUUGAAGGAUAACUGGGUCUUUGCAGGGAAUGGCCUGGAAGAAGAUGGCUAGAUACCAUGUGCUUAAAAUCAUGUACAAUUGUGUAUAAAGUUCUGUAUGUUGCCAAGACAUGAUCUUUUUGUUCUUAUUGUACUUUCUGUAAAUAUUCCUAGCACUAAGUUGUAAAGGCGGACUGUAAAUACAAAGAUGGAAGCUAUGUUCCCCUGUCUCUAGUACUUUAUCUCUUGUUUAGGGAAGGCACAAAGGUUUGUUUGUAUUUAUGCCAACUCUUUGUCCAGAAGAAACACAUCAGAUAUUGAAUGUAACACAGUUAGUCAAAUAAAUUUUAAAGAUAUUCUUAUGUA